GGAGAAUCGCAAAUUUGAUCUGCUGACCAGAUGAUCUGAUUAUACAUCACUUACAUCCGAUUGAUUAUUCUACAUCAUUCCAAGAGCUACGACGACUGCGACUACUAUCGGGGGACCAAAAAAGGUACCUCCUCAUUCCUCCCUCCCCUUCUCCAUAUUGAUCAAUCCUUUCCCGAGUACGAGUCGCAGAGGGCCGAGGUCGAAAUCGUUUUCCACAUAUAAACAUUCGCCACCUUAUUAAAGUCGAACUUUCUUACUAAAAGCCUUUCACAGAUCCUCAAAGCCAUAUCACUAUGUUAGCUCACAACUCAGCAUCGAGACGUCAGUUACCACAUCACCCCCAACAAGCAUCUUAUAAUCAGCACGGUUCCAUAUUUAAUCCUUCUCUGCCGCACCAACUGCCACAAUUACCUCAACAACCUCAAACCCCAUUACAACCACAACCACAACCACAAUCACAACCACCACCUCAGUCUCUGACGCCUUCAACAACACUGACACCACACUCCGCUUUCACCACAAACAAUCUCUCAAAUCCCAACAGCUUUGAUUUUGAAGGCGAUCAAAUUCUAUUCGACAUCCAACAACCAAUAUCAUUUGCCUCGAAUCGAUUUCAACAACAAGCUCCACUGCGACCUGCGGAAUAUUCCUCGGAUAGAAUAUUUCAAUUGCCAUCUCAUAUGCAACAGCCCAUCCAAUCGAAUAGUUUGAUGUCGAACGGACAAUUGACACCUACUUCGACUUCCAGGCAAAAUCAUCAUCGAGAAUCUUCACUGUCGUCAUUUGGAUCUCCAGCCGCCCCAGCUUCACCUUACGCACCGUCCACCUUGAAUCCUCAAGUCGCUGGCGAAUCAUAUCAUGAUUUUCAAGAUUUCCAUCCAACAGCACCGAAGACCUUGACACCAGCACACACUCCAUUACAAGAGAAUUUCUUCUCGUCUCAGUACACACAUCCAAACCAAUACCAAAAUCAGAAUAACCUUCCCUUCACAAUGCUUAAUGACGGCUUACCAAGACUGGCGGGUAACGAGCUGAUGUCGGCACCAGAGAUUUAUCACAGUCAAGUGUCGAGUAGGCCAUCGCUAGCAACGGUGGCGAGUAAUGACUCACCCUCAACGCCACCGGCCUGCGAGGAUGAAAGACAACAGUUCGGUAUGACUCCUAGUGUGGAUUCCUGGCUGAGCGAAUACUUACUUUCAUCCGAUUUCAAAGCUUCUCACAGAACUUCUCCACAUCAAAUGCCAAAACUCGACCGCACCAUGACAGAUGCUUACAAUGAUGAGCUAUUCAACCCCAACAUAUCUAUGAUUUCCGCUCCUUCCGCAGCUCCUGCCACAACUCAAACAACCUCGAAUUUGAGUAACGACAUAUUCACGCAAAGGUUACAAGCAGCAAACAACGGACACCUAAGCACUCAACGAGAAGCCUCAGUCUUGUCUCCUCGCGAACGUUCACCUUUUCAACCAGGCUCACCUUUAGCUCCUACCCCGGCAGGGUACAAUACCCACAAUAUGGGAUUUGGAACUGCAAAGCACAUGCGAGAACAACAAAAGGCCAAAGACGAUGCGUUAGCUAUGCAGGUACAGUACGAGAGGAGCAACCCAGGACAAGUCACUCCAAAAACCAUCUCGCCAAAAGAUGUCAACUUGGUGUACAACGAAACCGAGGAGGAUGCAAACAACCCAUUGUUUCCACCACCACGACCUGCGCAAUCAAAAGCGGGCUAUUGUCAGCAGCCAUCGAUUGACCCAGAGCCAUCCGAGUCGGAAGACAUGUCAUUAUCGCAACAAAGCUAUGCUAGCAUGGCUACAACUCGACGAGAGAGCUCGUCGGCAAUUUCUACAACCUCACAAAGCACCCCCACGCAGACUCGGUUCAAAUCGACAAGUCCUAUAAUUACUCGAGACAAUCUACGACAAAUACCACAACGUUACCCAUUCGUUCCAUCCACGCAAAGACAAGCAAGUAACAUGUCGAAUAUGUCGAAUAUUUCGAACAUUUCGAAUAUUUCGAACAUCUCCCAUGACUUUACACCAACCUUGGGAUCGAUGGAGUCUAGCAGCAGUGACUAUUCCCCCGAUCAAGAAAUCCAGAGGCCAAGCAAUACAUCAGCAGAUAGUGGAACAUACACAUGCACGUAUCAUGGAUGCACAAGAAGGUUCGAGACACCCCCCAAACUUCAAAAACACAAGCGGGAUGUUCACCGGAACUCGACAUCCUUGAUCAACAACAUGGGUGGGGAAAACCGGGGUGGUAUGACAUCAAUGGCGCAAAAGUUAAACAGUCAAAGUGGGCCUCACAAAUGCGAACGGAUCAACCCAUCGACGAACAAACCCUGCAACACCAUCUUCUCUCGUCCGUAUGAUCUGACACGACAUGAAGACACAAUUCACAAUGCCGGAAAGCAAAAGCUGCGAUGUAAAUACUGUACCGAGGAGAAGACGUUUAGUCGGAAUGAUGCUCUGACGCGACAUUUACGAGUUGUGCAUCCCGAAAUCCCGGCGACUCUCACGAAAGGAAAAAGAAGAGGACUAGGACUUAAUUCGGAAUAAGAGUACCGUCUAUUUUGAGAUGCUCUCCUCCUCCUUCCCCUUGAGGGAUUUGAUAAGCCAACAUGGACGUGGUGGAGCGAAAGGAAAGGAUAUGAUUGGAAGCAAUUAAUCAGCGAUUUAAUACCAAUUACCAAUAAUGGAACGAUUGGACACUCAAGAAUCAAGAAUCAAGUGAAGAAAGACAAUGUUCGAUCGCACCACCUCAGCCACAUCCACCUCGAUCACUCCACUUUAUUGGGUUUUCUGUCCGCUCCACUUUUAUUGGUUGGCUGUCGACUUCUCCCUCCCACCGCCCGACGGCCAUCAUAGCUACUCUCGUCCAUUACCAAUAUCAUCAUCAUCAUUAUGCUCCCGACGAUCUACA